CCAUAAGUUAAAUUCAUUCGCCACCCAUCACAGCAAUGAGCUUCGGAACAACAUGUCUCGCUGUCCUAAUUGCCGUUCUUGCCGUGUUCGCUUCCGCCAAUUUCACUGUCCCGAUUUCGCUCUCUUCCCUCGGUGAUCUUUCCCUUGAUGCUGGGCUCUUUACCUUCCUGUGGCAUGGUCCUUCGACCCUUUUCGGGCAGUGUGUCAGUCGCCAUCGCCGCCGGCACCAUAAGUGCCCCGAUAAUAGCCAGAGGCAGGUCUCCAUUUGCGACGAUUUCCCGCCUGACAUUCCCCCUCCAGAGACUCACACGACGCUGACCCUCUGCGUGGACCAGAAUGGGUGCUGUAACUUCACCACGGUCCAAGCGGCUGUGGACGCGGCCGGCAACUUCAGUCAGAAAAGGACCGUGAUUUGGAUUAACGGCGGCAUCUACUACGAAAAGGUGACCAUACCGAGGACAAAGCCGAACAUCACGUUUCAAGGACAAGGGUACUUAUCGACUGCAAUCGCGUGGAACGACACGGCUAAUUCUUCGCAUGGAACAUUCUAUAGUGGCUCGGUGCAAGUCUUGUCAAACAAUUUCGUCGCGAGGAACAUUAGCUUCAUGAAUGUUGCUCCAAUUCCGAGCCCCGGAGACAUCGGAGCACAAGCGGUGGCGAUUAGAAUCUCGGGCGACCAAGCUUCGUUUUGGGGUUGCAGGUUCUUCGGAGCCCAAGAUACGCUUCACGACGAUAGGGGUCGCCAUUACUUUCGAGAUUGCUAUAUCCAAGGUUCUAUCGACUUCAUCUUUGGUGACGCGAGGUCGCUGUACGAGAACUGCCAAUUGAUUUCCAUAGCCACCCCAGUGCCUCCGGGGCAGAAGGGGAUCAACGGGGCGGUCACGGCGCAUGGCCGAGCUUCCAAGGACGAGAACACCGGCUUCACGCUUGUGAACGCCAGCAUCGGGGGCACGGGGAGAAUAUGGCUUGGCCGGGCAUGGAGGCCGUUCUCUCGGGUCAUCUUCGCGUACACGACCAUGACCGACAUCAUCGCGCCCGAAGGCUGGAACGACUUCAAUGAUCCUGCUAGAGACCAGACGAUAUACUACGGAGAAUAUAAUUGCUCAGGAGCAGGAGCUAACAUGAGCUUAAGAGCACCAUAUGUUCAGAGGCUUAACGAUACUCAAGCUUCACCUUUUCUCAACAUCUCCUUCAUCGAUGGUGAUCAAUGGCUGUGAUGACCUCUUGCUAUAACAUCGAUGCUAUUUUUCAAUUUCCAUUCGAUUAUUUAUUUCGCAGGUCAGGAGAAAUAAUUAAUAAUCUCCACAAAAAAGUGUUCAAACACAGUGAUACAUGUACCUCUUUUGUUCAAGCAUCAACACAUUCUAUCGACUCGUGAAGUUCUCUUCUUCA